AUGCACGAUGAGGAAGAAGAUGAUAAACGAUAUUCGCCAGAACCUAUAGAACAUAUAGUUGAAGCAACAGAGAGCCAUUUGGAUGAGGAUGAUGGCUCCUUCUCGCCCGAGUUAAUGCAUGGCAAUGAAGAUGAAGAUGCAAUUGAUCCUGACGAGGACAAGGCAGAACUGGAUCGGCAACGUGAAGCUGUAGUUACCGAGCAUCAAAGGAAAGUUAAGGAGGUUAUGACAGCUAAGGCAAAAAAAAACAGAUGA